GACUACUACAACAACAACAACAAAAAGCAUUCCAACUUACGACGAUAAAUACAAAAACAACAACAAUUCUUAGAAGACAGUGAGAGAGAGAGAGAGAGCAAAAGUGCAAUGAUUACUUAGUGGGCCGGUGCCCCUAACCAAACAUUGUAUUUUUAAUAAAUAAUUUACAAAAAAAUAAAAUAGAUAAACAAUUUGCCAAGUGUAUCGAAAAGUAACAGCACAAUAUGUUUAAAUCAGAACUAUUGCCUGAUAAUAUGGAUUAUUUUUCGUGCUGGCCAUCCUCUAAUGGAGUUUUAAUAAAAACAACAAAAUCACCAACAACGAUAACGACGACGACGACGAAGACGAUGGCAACAUCAACAUCAUCCACAACAGCAACAUCAUCGCAUGGCAACAUUUGUAUCAUAUGCCGACAUGUGUUCCCAAAAACAUGUUGCUGCAUUCAGACAGCAACAUGCAGCAGUUCCUAUUCAGACAUUGAUUGCAGUAAAAGCAGAAGCAAACGGAGAAGCAGAAGCAGAAACCGGGACGCAACGGCUACAACAUUCCCCAGCAAUUUGGCAUCGGCGCAACAUUGUGGCUGUCAGCAAAGUUAUCAGCCUCAGCAACAUCAUCAGCCACAGCAACAUCAUCAGCCUCAGCAACACCAUCAGCCUCAGCAGCAUCAUGUAGCUAGCAUCACGCAUGCAUGUUGCUGUGAAAAUAAUAGGAGUAGUAAUUGUAGUAAUCGAGGCAGAAAUAGUAGUAGUAGAAGUAAUAGUACAAAUGACAAUAACCAAAAAGUAACAGCAACAACAGCCAAUUGCCACUGCACCUGUAAAGAAAACAGCAGACACACCUACACAAAUAAUCAGCGACUGCAACAGCAACAGCAACAUAAUAAGCGCAACAAUUUCCGCAUUUGUUUACACAUUUUGGGCACACUGCAAUUAAUGUUGGUGUUGCAGCAUGUGCAAAUGCUGAUGCGACAUUGUUGUAAUCUAUUUAAAAGACCGCGACGACAUCAACAUCAACAGCAAGAACAACGAUUAGAAAAGAAACAGAAACAGAGUUAUCAAUAUUAUCAGCACUACAAUAAUCCGGCGCAACAUCAUUGGCGACAACAUAGCAUCGCAUUCACAAUCAUAGCACUGUUAACAUUACAAGCAGCAACAACAGUAGCACAGCAACAGCAACAACAAAUGAACAAGUUUUCAGACAGACUGGCAUCCCACGUGCAUAACGGUAAUACUAUUGGUGUUAACAGUAACACUAACAGCAUCGAUAACAGCAACAGCCUCGAUAACCGCAACGGCAUUAGUGACAAAAACGUCAAGCAUAACAGCAACAUCAGAUUGGCGAAUAAGGAAAUGCCCUGCAAAUCGAUGGAUAUACGAAACAAUAUAUCGCAACUAAAUCAAUUGGCCAAUUGUACGGUAAUUGAAGGAUUCUUACUUAUCUCGCUUAUCAACGAUGCUGAUAAGCUGAACAGAACUUAUCCAUUGCUCACUGAAGUCACUGGUUAUAUAGUGGUUUAUCGUGUCACAAAUCUGAUAUCGUUAUCUCAAAUCUUUCCCAAUCUGACCAUUAUACGAGGCAAUAGUCUGUUUGAAAGUUACGCUUUGGUUGUAUAUUCGAAUCGUGAUCUUCAGGACAUUGGACUAACCAAUCUGCGGACCAUUUCUCACGGAGGCAUACGAAUUGAGAAAAAUGAAUAUCUCUGUUUCAUAAAGACGGUCAACUGGAUGAAGAUACUGCCUGCAAAUGCUACGGAAGCUGAUGUUGUACUGAAAAACAAUCGCCGCGAUGCCGAAUGUCCUCGCUGUCCGGGUGAAAGUAAAGGCAACGGUGAGCUCGAUAGCGGCACAAAUGAUCAGAACGAUGCUGCCUUAUGUCCCGAGUAUACUGAUGGCAAUCGUUACUGUUGGAAUAGCAAAGAAUGUCAAAAAUUCUGUCCCAAGCAGUGUCCCCACAACUGCUUCGAUGAGCACACAUGUUGCAACGAAUCCUGCCUGGGCAGUUGCACCAAGCCGCUUGUGGGCAGCUGCAUUGCCUGUCGGAAUGUUUCUAUUGACAACGGCACAUGCGUUAACCAUUGUAGAGAGGGGUUUUUUUUGUAUGAAAACCGAUGCAUUACGGCCGAGAUGUGUGAAAAAAUUGGAAAGAAGUACGUGAACAACAUGGAGAUGCCGCUGGUGCAUUACAAGGGCGAAUGUACAACGUUUUGUGAUAAAGGAUAUGCACAAAUGAACAGCACCUGCCAGAAGUGCGAUGGAAUCUGUGAAAAGGAGUGUCAGGGCGGCGUUAUCGAUAGUGCGACGCGAGUAAAGGAAUUCUAUGGCUGUACGCUUAUCGGAACAGGUGGAUUGACUAUAAGCAUUAAGCGUGGUGGACCGCACAUGAUUGAAGCAUUGGAACAUGGUUUGGGUGCUGUGCAUACAAUUACUUCGUUCCUGAGAGUUCAUUUGACCUAUGAACUCACCUCGCUCGAUUUUUUGAAAAGUCUGCGCACAAUUGGAGGAAAUGAGACGGUAGAUGGACGUUAUGUACUCUAUGUACUGGAGAAUCGAGAUCUGGAAUCGCUUUGGGCUGAAAAUCAGACCGUUCAAAUCAAUGGCAGUGUCUUCUUUCACUUCAAUCCCAAACUGUGCGUUGAGACAAUUGACAAAUUGAAACCAAUGUUACCAAAUAACCCAUUAAAGUUCAAUAAGAACGAGGUGGCCGAAGAUUCCAACGGUGACAAGGGAAAAUGCAAUACGAAAUGGUUGAACGUUGAAAUCGCUGCUGUGGGAAGUAUGUUUAUUAUGUUUUCGAUUAACAAAACAAUCGUUAAUUACGAUGAUGACAGAUCGUUCAUUGGUUAUCAGAUGUAUUAUACACCUGAUCCCAAUGGAAAUAUCACGAGAGAUAGCUAUCUACCCUGCUCGGAUAAUUGGAUAGUCACGGAUCCCAGCAAGGAGAAUGAUAUCAAUAUAGACAACCUGCUGCCCUAUACACAAUAUGCAUUCUAUGUGCGUACGAUGACAAUAUCAUCCGAGAAGCGCAACUAUCAAAGCGAUAUAAUACGUGGAAAGACAAGACCUUAUCAACCGACGCAUGUGGGUAGAGUAACUGCAAUAUCCACUGGCCACUCUGAAAUUCUGAUGAGCUGGAGUCCCCCACUGGAUGUUUAUGGCAAGUUGCUCAAGUAUCAAAUACGUAUAGAGCUCACUCGACGUGAUGUUAAUCUGGAGCAUAAUCGUAACUUUUGCAGAGAUCCUAUGCCAAAUGCCGCACUCAUUGAUGAAUCCUCAUCGCCCAGUGACAAAGCAGAUGCAAAGAAGACGGGAAAAUCUGACUGCAAGUGUGAUAAAACAGAUCGUCCCACUUAUGAUCAGCAGAUAGCUGAGCAAAAGGUCCUUGAUGAAAUUGAGUUUGAGAAUAAUCUACAAAACUUUCUCUACGUCUCGAAGAAAAAAAAUACAACAAUAUCUGCGAAAUCCAAAACAGAAAAUACCACUAACGUUAAUAAUGACAAGCCCAAGGACAAGAGAACGAGGAGAUACAUUGAAAUUGAUGAGGUCGAUGAGCAGAUGGAUAGCGUGUUGAUGCGUCACGUUCGAUCCGUCAACUUGGAGAAUGAAAUUAAAUCUGCAACCGGCAAUGAUAAUAGAGAUAAUGCAAAAUUUUUUGAUCAUUGGGAAAAUAAGACAUCAAUGGAUCCCUCUGGCACAUAUUAUACGGUCUUCUCGACCGAGGUGAAUGCAACCACAACCGAAUAUCGAUUCAAGAAUCUUCGACACUUUUCACUCUACACAGUGAGCGUUAGGGCUUGUCGGGAGAAAGAGGGGGACAAAGAUAUACACUUUUUGUGCAGCAGUUCGGUUUUCUGGGAAAAGAAAACUCUUAAAAAGGAGCAUGUGGACAAGGCAGAGAAUCUAAAGGCCUCUUUGCUGGUGCCGAAAAUUAAUAUCACUCGUGGUAGUGUGGAUCUGCGUUGGGAUCCACCAAAAACACCGAACGGUGCCAUCGUCUCCUACACGAUCAUAUAUGAGCGACAGGAGGAGAAUGCGGUCAAGGAGAGGAAAUGCAUCUCCGCACAGGAAUAUCUCAAUAAGAGUGGCUAUGUUGUACACAAUCUGAAUGAGGGCAAAUACAGUUUUGUUGUGCGAGCUCAUUCGCUGGCCGGUGACGGUGAUCUUUCGAAUAUCGUAUACGAAAUAGUUCCGCCUCCCGGACUAUCGCUUACAACUGUCAUAAUAUUGGUGGCGGUACUUGUGCCCUUAAUCAUACUGGCCAUCAUAUCGAUGGGCUACUUCUACUUGAAGAAGAAGAAUGGUCCGGAGGACUUGGUCAUCAAUACGGAAGUGAAUCCAUUCUAUGCCAGUCUACAAUAUGUGCCCGAUGAUUGGGAGGUGCCUCGGGAGCGUAUCAUACAGCUGGGUCCAUUAGGUCAGGGCUCCUUUGGCAUGGUCUAUGAGGGCAUACUGAAAGCCCAAAAUAACGACGAGGAUAUGCCGUGUGCCAUUAAGACGGUGAAUGAGAAUGCCACGGAUCGUGAACGCACCAAUUUCCUGAGCGAGGCCAGCGUGAUGAAGGAGUUCGAUACGUACCAUGUGGUCCGUCUAUUGGGCGUCUGUUCCCGUGGCCAGCCCGCCCUGGUCGUCAUGGAGCUGAUGAAGAAGGGCGAUCUCAAGUCAUAUUUGCGUGCCCAUCGGCCCGACGAACGGGAGGAUGUGCUCGCUGUCUAUCAGCAACGGAUUGGCCUCACAUCCAGCACUGGCACCACCUUGGGAGCUGUGCAACCGCCGCCCUAUAGUCGCAUCUUUCAAAUGGCCAUCGAAAUCGCCGAUGGCAUGGCCUAUCUGGCGGCCAAGAAAUUUGUGCAUCGUGAUCUUGCCGCACGCAAUUGUAUGGUUGCCGCCGAUCUGACAGUCAAAAUUGGUGACUUUGGCAUGACGCGGGACAUUUACGAGAUGGAUUAUUAUCGCAAGGGUACCAAGGGUCUGUUGCCAGUGCGCUGGAUGCCACCGGAGAGUCUGCGCGAUGGUGUCUAUGCCAGUUCGAGUGAUGUGUUCAGCUAUGGCGUUGUGCUGUGGGAAAUGGCCACACUGGCCUCACAGCCAUAUCAGGGUCUGUCCAAUGAGCAGGUGCUGCGCUAUGUCAUCGAUGGUGGCAUCAUGGAACGACCCGACAAUUGUCCCGAGGUGCUGCACAAGCUAAUGCAUCGCUGUUGGCAUCAUAGGCCAACGGCACGACCCUCGUUUUUUGACAUAAUUGCCUACUUGGAGCACUUGUCCGAUCCGCACUUUAAGGAGGUGGCCUUCUAUUACUCCGAGUCGGGUGUGCAGUAUCGCGAGAAGGAGCGCAAGGAGCGUUCGAAUCAAUUGGAUAUAUUUGCGGGCGGACAACUUGAUGCGGAUGUUGAUGGUGAGGAUGCGACGACGCCGUUGCGUGUGGGCGAAUAUCAUCAGGGCUACAAGUCCAACAUGGAGCACAACACAUCGCUGGAACAGCCCGCCGAGAGUCCCAUUGCUCUGGUCGAUGAUCAGGCCACAACGCAUUCACCCUUUAGCAUGCACUCGGGCUUCAUUGUGAGUAGCACACCAGAUGCUCUAUCCACGUUGCCCACCGCGGGUGGAUCUCACAUGGAAGAUGCUGCCUAUGUGCAGGCAGAUCCAAAUGUGGAGGAUCCAGCGGAUGCCGAGCGUGGCUAUGAACUGUAUGAUCCCAGUCCCAACUUUGGCGAGUUGCCACACAGCGGCAGCGGCAGACUCAGCGGUGAGCAACAUUUGAUACCGAAAGCGAAACGCAAUGCGACCGGAGCCAGCAUUGUGCCCAACAUGAGCAGCUCCAUGCCGGAUGAGGUGAUUGGUGGUGGUGGGAGUAAUGCUGCUGUUGCUGGUGGCAUGAUAUCCACAUCACUGCAACCCUCGACGGCAUCGGCGGCCAGCUCCAAUGCGAGCAGCAGUCGCCAGCCGAGUCUGAAGCGUGUCGUGGCCGACACGUUUCGGAAUCGUGUUCUCAAUCGUUUCACCCACAAGCGAAGUGGCAGCAAUGUCAGUCACAAGAGCAACAUCUCGAAUGCGGCCAGCAACAGCAGCAACACGAAUCUUACCAGCCAUCCCGCUGGCAUGGCCAUGGUGAGCAUGGGACCCAAUCUGGGCACCAUCGAGAGCGGCGGCAGCGGCAGUGCGGGUAGCUAUACGGCCACGCCCCGUUUCUAUACGCCCACUGCAACAACGCCCAGUGGCGGUGUCAGUGGCAACGGCAGCACAACAAUCAUCAGUGACAAUCCCAAUUACAAGCUGCUGGAUGAAUCAAUUACCAGUGCUGAUCCCAUCAAUUCCGGCUGGCCUCAACAGCUGACAACCAGCAGUCUGAAUCCCAACUAUGAAAUGAUGCAACCACCACCACCAACCGCAACAACAACAACAACAACAUCGCAACCCUUUAGCCUGCUCAGUGAUAAUCCCAAUUAUGUGGUGAUGAGUGAACCGCAGUUGGAAUCCGGACAGGCUCCAAUCUUCACCAGUGAUAAUCCCAACUAUGCGUCAAUGGUUGCCCCAACACAAGUGCGGCACAGCAGCUCCGAUGACGACGAAAAUGAUGAUGUAUCAUUGCCUGACGUUGACGAUGAGGAAGAUGAUGAGCAUAUGGAGCACAUUAAGAUGGAGCGCAUGCCACUCAGUCGGCCAAAGCAACGCGCUCGCAUUAAGCCGCAACAACUACAACAACAACAUCAGCAGCAACCGCGCAGUCGCAGCGUCAGUCGAACGCGCAAAGCAGAGACGCCAACGCCGACUGCAACAAUGGCUGCAACCACCGGCAAUACGUCCAAUAUACUCAAGGAAAAUUGGCUGAGGCAGGCGAGCACGCCACGCCCCCCGCCCCCCAAUGGUUUCAUAGGACGCGAAGCGUAAAACGAAAGCGCAAGUGUCUACUGAAUUUGUAAAUAAACACACACAAACACACACACACGUACACACAUAAGUAAUUGCAUGCCUACAUACAUAUGUAUAUGUAGCAACUAGUAUAAAAUAUUUAGAUAUAUAUAUGUAUAUGUAGCUGGGGUACUCAGUGCAAGAGAGCAUGCUGCAAUAAAAGAGAGCAUGCAAGAGAGAGAGAGAGAGAGAGAGCGCAACUUGAGUGAAGCUUUUGCAUUUACAUAUACGUAUAUGUAUGUAUGAAAAGCUUUAUCUCUCUCAUUUGCUGAUCUCUUUUUCGCUCUCUGUUAGUUUCCUAUCUGCACUGUUAGUGUAAUUCGUUGAUGUUACCCCCUCCACAUCUGUAAAUCAUGUUUAAUAUAGAAAAUAAAAAAAAAGGGCGCGAGCAAACUUUUGCCUACAGCCAAGCUUCCUAACAAAUUUAUUAUAUACUUAAGCUUAAUUUAUAUAUGUAUGUUUGUUUUUGCGUAUUUGUUAAGUAUUUCUUUUAUAAUUUAAAUUUACUAGCGCCGUUCAAAACACACAUACAACAACAAAAAACGAAACAAGUCCUAAAUGCAAAUAACAAAAGUACAAAAGCCAACAACCAACCAACCUAAGUACCGUUUAUAUCUAGAGUCUAGAUUCUAGACAUAGACAUAGACAUACAAAGCAAUAUAAUACAAUACAAUACAAUACAAUACAUUACAUUAAAUUAAAUUAAAUUACAUUACAUUACAGUACAUACAUAGAUACAUAUACAUAACCUAACCUAACUUAUGUAUAAUUAUAGGAAUUAAUAAUUAUUUUAGUACCUACCAAAACUGAAAACGAAGCGAUGCAACAAUGAAGCAAACUAACUGUACAACUGUAAAGCGAACCACAAAAUAAAAACAAAACUGCAACAACAAUAAGCAAUACAACAAAACAAAACAAACAAAAUGUCUUCACUGAGUUAAUGUUCUUAUUAAAUUAGUUACUAUUAUCAACUACAUACAAACUACAACUGAAAUCUACAAUGUACUCAAACAAAUUAUUUGUUGUUCUUUUUUUAUUAUUAUUAAUUUUAAAUGGCGUUGUGUUGCAAUUUUUAGUGCGUUUAUGUUUAAGUGUUGCUCGUUUUAUAUACAAAAACAAUCAAAAAAAAAAACAAAAAACAAAAAAGAUGAUUUUAUGCAUGGCGCUUGGCAACUGGCAAAAGUUUGUAGAAACAGAGACAGAGAGAGAGAG